AUGGAAGCAGUACAGAAAGAAAAAAAAAACGCUGUCCCAUUUUAUGCUGGAACCGAAGUAUGGUCAGCUUCGACGCCGGCUGAUCCUUGGGCGAAUCAGGGACAAUUCAUUCAUCAAAUCGAUGACAUAAGAUAUCAGCAUUAUCCCGGAUACCAAACAACAACAGCUGGAUAUCAGCAAACUGGUUUUAUAACCGAUCAAACGUCGGCUUUUCAACCACAAUAUGCUAACAAUGCGAGUAAUGGAAAUCCCGCCACGAGUCCUGCGCAGGGUAGCGUUACGCCAAGGUCUACAGGGAGCUACUCUCAGGUACACACUCCGACACCUUCGCCAAAUCCUUCAACGCCUCACGUUAAUGGACAUAGAAAUGGGAUUAAUGUACAUUACGUUGAGGAAAAUUAUGUAAAUGGAACUACAUUCACAACGGACUCUGCCAUGGUGCCACCUGCUUCGACCACGCCCAAUUCGAGAAGCAGUUCAGUACAUUUAGAGCCGAGUGAUACGAACAGUAAAACUUCCAACUACAUGUCGGGAAACGAGAUUCCUGGGUAUCCACUAAACAGUCCCCAGUGUCAGAGUUCAUGCAACUCUAGUGGGUACCCAGGGCAAUCACUCCAGUCGGAAUUUGGGGACCAAACGGAUAACGGAAACUCAUAUCAACCUAGUAAUAACGGUAGUCAAAUGAAUAGAAAAAGUCCAUCGUACUCUCAAAUCAGUCCUGGAGCAUAUCGAAAUUAUCAUCAAAAUUAUCAAAAUAACGUUAACUUAGACGAACAUCAUGGAAAUGCCAUUAAUUCAAACAUAAGUCCAGGAAAUUGUCAUCCUAGUCAGAAACCCUCAGGAAUAUAUUCUCAGAAUAGUCCAAAAAAUUUUAAUUCGAAUCCUAGUCCGCAAAAUUAUCAGGAGGUCAGUCCCGGUCAAAGUAGGAAUGUCAUUUGUUACGAAAAUCGGACGUCUAGCAGCAACACCAACGGGAAUUUGUAUCAGAAUGAAAGAUUUGAUCAGCAAAAUUAUCCGGCUCGAAGUCCGUCGAAUUCGCAGAAUUUCAAUCAGAAUAAUAAUGCUAGUAAAACAAAUCAGGAUAAAAACAAUGUGAAUGCACGAAUCAAAUCCAUGAUAAUGAACAAGCAUCAACUAUCGCAAAGUCAGCAGCAAAACAUUUCAAACAAUGAAAAUUAUAAUAUGAUUACACAAAAUCAUCAGCAAAAUGCGCAAUUGAUGACUCCGAUGCAUCAAAACUCGCAAAUGCUGUCUUCUUCUUCUUCAAACAAUUCGAAUCAACAACUUCAAACCGAUCAUCAUCAAAUGAUGACCUCCGAAAACCAAAUGAGUUCAAAUAAUUCCAAAGAAUCAAUGCGCUGUGGUAAUGAUAAUAAUGACUACGGUGAUAAGAAAGAUGCUCAGUCAAAUAAGAAUUCGAAUCAUUUUUUAGCUUUUAGCCACCAUCUUCGGGAAGGGAGUGUACUACAACCUGAAGGUGGUGGCGUUCGAUGUUGGACUCAGGGAUUUGCACCUAAGUUCAACUACAAUUCAUCAAUAAAAGCAAAUAAUAAUAAUAAUGAGACUGGUAGAAUAAUCAUUGAUAAAAAAGGAGGUAAAGGAAAGAAUCCUGCGGUUUUAACGGGAAAACCUUUACCCUUUAACGGAUCCAAUCAUUGCGAUUUCGCCACGAAAUCCUUCGCGAAUUUUAAAUUAAACAUUUAUAACCGGGCUCAAUACUUAUCUCCGGAAAAUUCCGUUUCGAAAAACUUUUGCUGGUACAACGAUCCAGUACCUGAGUCGCAAUUUAAUAAUUCGUCAAACGGUAUCAUCAAACGACAGCAAAACACGGAAAUAAUUUCAAGGACUUUACCAAAUUUUUACGAAAAUUACAAGAACAAUAUUAAUAAUAAUAAUAAUAAUCAAACGACGUACGAUUCCGACGGAAAUUAUUUAUCAUCAUCGUUAAUUGAAAAUAAUAAUAAUAAAAGUAAUAAAAAUAAAUUGAUCAAAAUGGAAGACUCUAGCGAAAAGCAUUCUUGCAGAUAUGAAAAAAUGACGAAUAAUAAUAAUAAUGAUGAUGAUGAAAUGCGAAUUCCGGAUAUAAAUCACAAUCAUCAAAAUCGUUAUAGGUACGAAUCGCGAUCGAAUUAUCACGAACCUCAAGAAUUUUGGGAUUAUAACGAAUCUUGCAUUUCGACGGAACUUUCUCUCUCCGACGAUGAAUACCUGGAAACGAAUUUGCCUAAGAUAAAAUUGGAAAAAGAUGUGAAGCCGGAUGUGACGACAUUAAACAAUCAAAUGAAAAAUUUCGAUUACGGAAGUGGAGAAUUUAAAAAAAAAACAUUUUGUCCGGUCAUAAUGAAUGAUAGUUGCUGCGACAGAAUAAAAUCUUCAGGUUCUCCGAUCGAUUUUAAAAAUAUUAAAAUGUCUGAAAAUAAUUUUUUCACAAACGAUAAAAUGGAAUUUAAAAAAGAAUUUAUAAAUAAUAAUAAUUAUUACGAUGAUGAUGAGAAAAGGGGAGAAGAAAAUAAUAAAUUAAUCGCGGAGGAUUAUUUGUAUCAGGGUGAAGGUGGACCGAUUUCAUUAAAUUCGACAAAAGGACCUUGGUGCUGUCGUAUGGGGGGUAUCGAACCUCCGACAGACGAUCAUGCUAAAAUAGGAAACUGUAAGGGACACAAAACAGCAGACGAAUUUUCGUCUGAUGUGAAAAAAUUAGAUGUUGAAAAUUUAAAUGAAAAACUCAGAGUUAAGAAAUUUUACGAAAAUACAAAUUUAAAAUUGUCGCCGCAGGAAAAUUUUCAAGAAGAAAAUAUGGAAAGAUUAAAAAACAAUAUAAAAACAAACGUUCCUCAUUGUAAAUGUUUCCCACCGGACAAAAGUCCACCUGAACCUGGUUCUUAUUACACUCAUUUAGGAGCUGCUGCUUCCCUAUCGGAUUUGAGAAAAGAUUUAGAAAGUAGAACGGGACAAACGGGGAAAGCUUUGCGUUUCGAAAAAAUUUGUUAUACCGGAAAAGAAGGGAAAACAACUCGAGGGUGUCCGUUGGCCAAAUGGGUUAUUAGAAGAAGCGGACUUGAUGAAAAAGUUUUAAUUAUUGUUAAACAUAGGCCCGGUCACACGUGCUCGACAGCUUGGAUAGUUGUGUGUUUGGUCGCAUGGGAUGGAGUACCCACACCCGAAGCUGACAGAAUUUAUGCUUUAUUGACGCACAAACUAAAUAAAUUUGGAUUACCUACAAUCAGAAGAUGUGCCACUAACGAAACCAGAACGUGUGCCUGUCAGGGUUUAGAUCCUAACACGUGCGGAGCAAGUUUUAGCUUUGGCUGUUCUUGGUCCAUGUAUUACAACGGUUGUAAAUAUGCCAGAAGUAAAACUGUCAGAAAGUUUCGUCUUUCCGUUCGUUCUGAGGAACAAGAUGUGGAAGAAAGAAUGCACGUAUUGGCUACUCUACUCAGUCCCCUAUACAACACUUUGGCACCGGAAGCUUACAGCAAUCAAACUUCAUUCGAAAGAGAAGCUGCUGAAUGUCGUUUGGGUUUUAAACCGGGACGUCCAUUUUCUGGAGUCACUGCUUGCAUUGAUUUUUGCGCUCACGCUCAUAGAGAUUUGCACAAUAUGAACAACGGAUGCACAGUGGUUUUCACAUUGACGAAACAUAGAACCCUAUCAAAACCGGAAGACGAACAAUUGCACGUUUUGCCCCAUUAUAUUUUGGACGACACAGACGAAUUCGGUUGCAAAGCCUCUCAAGAAGAAAAAUAUAAAAACGGUUCGAUCGAAUGUUUAAACAAAUUUCCUUGCGAGGUAAGAGUUCGAGCUGUUCCACUGCAACCAUGCAGGAGACACGGUAAAAAACGAAAAGGUGAAGAUCCGGAUGUGAAAAUUCAAGCCGUGCCAACGAUUAAAAAUUAUACGCCGAAAAGUAAAAUAAGUGAGAUUGUAUUAGAAAGGCAAUCGUCGGACUCGGUGCCCACAGGGAACCAUUGGGAAUAUGAAAUUCAAGCCUCACAAAUUUCUUCCUCGACCGUGACUACUUCUCCAAAAUUUUGCAAGGGAAGAAGUUAUCAAAAUGCAUCCGAUUGUGAAGUUAAUACGAAUAAUCAACGACCUCAAACGUUAAUCAAAGCACAAAACAGUGAAAAUUUUUCAAAUCAUCUCACGAGUACUACCCAUUGGAGUAGGUUCCCUGGUUAUUACUACGAAAACAACGUCAUUCCUCAAUGUCCUAAUCACAAUGGAAAACUCGCCGUCGGACACGUGAAACCCGGUUUCGCUCCUUAUUUGAGGUACAAUUCGGUGCCAUCUUUUCAUGAGUCUUCUUCCGAUUGGAUUCCGAUUAAAAGAAUUUACGAGAAUCAUAAUCAUUCCUCUUUGUCAAAUGAAAUCCCGGUCGGGAAUUUUCAACAACGGACGCCGAUCCUAAACGGUGGUCAUGUGGUAGAAGGUGGUGGCGCGGAGAACAUAUUGUAUCCGUAUGAAUGGUCGACGUGUUCUUCUCCACGUUUUCCGACUCAGCAUCAUAAUUCAUCGUUUCACGCGACGCCUAGAGGUAUGACAUCUAAUUUUAAUACGUGUUCGAAUGAGAAUCUAUCUUUUUCAAAAUCUUUGGUCAAAAACCACCACGGUUACUCUUCCUUCAACGUGUCCCAUAUAAACAAUGAAAAUCCGGGAUUCGUGAAAAAUUAUGAAAGCGAAAGAGCAAAACAUUGGCCGGAUAACAAUUGUAACGUUGCAAUGCAAGGCUCGUACUUGAUAAGUAAUAAAAAAGCCACCCUUGUUGCUUCCGGCGGUUAUCAAAAUAAUUUCCUUCCUCCUCCUCCUCAAAUUUGUAAUAAUAAUAGUAAUAAUAAUAAUAACGGAGUACAACACUAUCAUGACUUUAACGAUGUACCACCUCCCCAUCCAGUGACUUACGAUCAUUGGCCGAUGACGAUGACUAAUAAUGACGAUACCAACGAAGAACCCAUUGUUAAAAUAAACAAUCAGAGUUUAAAUAGUUCGAACGAAUCCAAAAAUUGGGAUUCGACGUACGACGCCGAGGAUUGUUUUGACACCGUUUCGGAAGGUCACCCUACAAACACUGAAACAAUCGGAGAAGUUACCGAUUACAUAGAAAACGAAGAAUGUUUUAAAGAUUCUCAAAUGGGGGGUGUAGCCAUUGCUUUGGGACACGGUAGCGUACUUUUCGAAUGUGCAAAACACGAAAUACACGCGACGACAGCCUUGAAAAAACCCAAUCGAUUGCAUCCCACUCGUAUCAGUUUAGUUUUUUAUCAGCAUAGAAAUUUAAACAGAGCCAAACACGGUUGGGGUGAAUGGGAGGAGAAAAUGCGUUUGAGAAAAUUGGGAACCGAGUCAAACGGCGGACACGAUAAUAAAUCGUGUCCCGUUGCAACGGACGAUCAUUCGUCUACGACCGGAAACGGAACGAAUAAAAAAACCGUUACGAAUGAUUUUUUCAAAUACGACGUCAUUCACAAUAAGAAUAAUUUAAAUUUGGGUGAAAAAAUUUUAUUUCGCGUACCGACUCACACGACGACCACGUGGACGACGUUGUUUCCAAUGCGUCCCUGCAUGGUCACCGGACUCUAUAAAAACGGUUAA